AUGCUUGCCUACCCAAUGAAUUCAACUGCAGCUCAGUUAAAUCUUACAACAGCAUGCUCUCAAGAAAUCAUAAGCAAUAUAUUGCUAUCAAAACCCUGCAUUGCAAUUGAUUUAGAUGAAACACUCGUAUUCAGUUAUCAACUCCCUCCGAAAACAGAAUGCUUCCCUGUCAGAAUAGGUCGAAGGAGAGCAUAUGUAACAGUUAGACCAGGUGCGAUUGAAUUCCUAGACAAAAUCAAAGAAAUGUACGAGAUUUUCAUCUUUACAGCUUCAGAAAAGCCUUAUGCGGAUAAGGUUAUUGAUGCUAUCGCUCCAUACAUAGACCAGGAACAUCGUCUUUUUAGAGAUUCGUGUCAAUGUGCCGACGGAUAUCACGUCAAAGAUCUUCGUAUCUUAAAUCGUCCAUUGAACCGCGUUCUCUUAGUUGAUGAUAUGUGUGCCUCUGCGCUCUUCCAACGUAGUAAUCUUGUUAGAAUCACUCCUUGGAUGGGCGAAAAAGACGACACAGUUCUUCUCCAACAGCUUUUGCCAGUUCUUACACAUAUUUCAAAGGAAUUUGAUAUUGCUUCCACAGCUAUGCAGUUAUUAUCGACCAAUGUUUAUCCAUCAUUAUUCACAUAUUAA